CACUGGAUAAAUACAGGAAUGGUUGGACAAAUAUGGUGACAUUGUUGGUUUUUACAACGGUGCUCACCCAUUUCUUAUCGUGAAAGACCCGGAGCUAAUCAAGAAGAUCCAAAUAAAAGAUUUCCACAAUUUUCAUGGCCGAGGGGUGUGGUCCAGCUUCGCGAGCACUCAUCCGAUCAACAAAGGAAGCAUUCUCCACGCUCAGGGAGAGCGCUGGAAGAAGAUGCGCAGUCUUCUGACGCCCGCUUUCACGACGAGCAACAUGAAGAAGAUGGCAAGCCUAAUAGACGACAGCUCCAACGAGUUUCUUCAAGUCAUCGAAUCCCUGAGGAAGGAGGACGAAGCUCUCGAGUUCCGCGAUCUCUUCCAGAGACUCACCGCAGACGUCAUCAUUCGAUCGGCGUUUGGUGUCGAAUCCGACCUGCAGCAAAAGGACCGAAUGAAGAGCACAACGGAGUCGCUGUUUCGGGAAACGUUGGAUAGCUUGCUACAAUUUCGCCGGUCAUGGAUACAUUUCCUUACUGCUUGCUUUCCGGAGUUUAAUCCUUUGUGGAGGCUGAUCAUAUCAUUCGGUUCCCGCCAUAACAAGACAGCGGCAGACAAGUGUUUUGACGAGAUCACUUCCAUCAUACAGUUUCGUCGUGAAAACCAUGAGAGAAAUAGGUGCGAUUUUCUGCAGCUGAUGCUCAAUGCUGAAGUGGAGGACGCUAACCUUGUGAACGUGCACUCGCUCACGGCAUCCGGGGAUGCUGAUAGCGCAUCUGAAGGGAACCAGCCUGAAAAGGUAAAGACAGGUGGAAAAACGUGUGUUCUCACGAAUACAGAAAUCUUGGCCAAUGGCUUCAGUUUCUUCACAGCGGGGUUCGAGACGACAGGCUCAUCGAUGGCGUUUCUGUCAUAUCUUCUGGCGAAACACCAGGACAUUCAGGACCGACUCAGAGAAGAUGUCCUUGCCGUCCUCAAGAGAGACGGUGCCUUCACGUACGACAACGUCUUUGGCAUAAAAUACCUGGACCAGAUUAUAUCAGAAUCUCUACGCUUUUAUUCGCCAGUCGUAGGGUUCACGACGAGAAGAUGCGCUCGUGAAUACGUGCACAAGGAUAUGAAAAUACCCGCUGGAACAAGCAUCGUUAUCCCCAACCACCACCUGAAUCAUGAGCCGAAUUUCUGGGAGAAACCCGAAGUCUUCGAUCCCGAAAGAUUCAGCCCACAAAAUAAAGGCCUUGUUGAUCCCGUGGUGUACCAGCCUUUCGGUCAGGGCCCCCGCAACUGCGUCGGCAUGAGAUUUGCCCAGCUGGAGAUGAAACUAACUAUGGCGAAAUUAUUGGCAAAAUACAAGCUUCUUCUGGAUGAACGUCACAUUAAGGAGAAAGACUUGGAGCUAGAGUCUACUUUCAUAUUCGCGAAGCCUAAGGAUGGCAUCUGGCUCAAGAUCAAAAAAGUUAUCUAAUAACGCUUUUUUUGUCCGAAACUAACAGCAUUAUUUGACUUUAUUCUGCUACACGAGUGUUUUCUCCAACAUAUUACUCAGUCUUUGU